AUGCCAUCUACCGGGCCGCCCGAACCGCUACCUGGCAUAACCGAAGAUGUUGCGGUGGUGCAACAAGCCAUCCAGGCUUACAUUGAUCUCGGUCUCAACGUCGUGGUGGUGAUGCACUCCCUUGGCGGCAUCAUAGGCACCGCGGCUUGCGAAGGAUUGCGCGCAGAAGACCAAGCAGAGGGCAAGGGGAUCACCGCGCUCGUCUACCUGGCCGCGUUCGUGGCGCCCAAGGGCAAAUCUGCAUUCGUGAUGAACGGAGGCCACGCUCCAUGGUAUGAUGUUACCGGCGAGCCGGGCACGGGCGUGUGGAUGCUUCUCGGCCAGAACGAGUGGGAUCCGCGCGAAGUGUUUUACAACGACUGCACGCCUCAGCAGAAGGAGGAGGGGUGGGCGUUGUGCAAGAGGCAUUACAACGAGAAUGUCUUCCAGACGCCGCUGCCGUAUGCGGCGUGGCAGGAGAUUGAAAGCAACUAUUUGCUUUGCGAGCUGGAUGGCGCCAUUCCGGAAGCUGGCCAGGAUGCCAUGUCUACUCAGGAAGGGGGAAAGUGGAAGAGGGUGGAGCGUCUGCGGACCGAUCACUCUCCGUUUAUGAGCAGACCCAAGGAGACGGUGGAGUUUGUGAGGAGGUGUGCGGGAGAGGAGGUGUAG